AUUAUUUAGAUUAUUAUUUACAAAUGUAGAUAACCCUAAGGGGUCAGUAUAAAACAAAAUGCAGUAUACGUUUGACUGUGAAACCAUAAACAUAAAAAUGAUCAACUUUAUAUUAUUCAUUGCACUUUUAAUGUCUUCGGUCUCGUCCCAAGAAGUCGAAAUGAAUAAUAAGUGCACGUACACACUCAACAAAAGUAUUUUUACUUGUGUAGGCCUAAAUGACUACAAACAGAACAUACAACUAUUUUUGGUGGAUGGAACCAACGUUUUAUUUAUAAAGGACACAGAACACAUUGACAUCGACAAGGGUUUUCACGCUCCUGACAACUUUCAAAAAUUAAAGCGAUACGACAUAAUAAACAGCAACCAUUUAAGUAUUCAAAGUUACGGUUUUAGUGGACUCAAGAAUGUGGAAUACAUGCAUAUGAGUGGAAACAAGUGGGACACAAUUGCGGACAAUACGUUUAUGGGGAUGUCACAACUUAGGACGUUGGAACUACGUGACAACGGAAUAAGGGAAAUACGUAAGAAUAGCUUUAGUGGAUUGGAAAACUUGAAAGUGUUAGACUUGACAAAAAAUAUAAUUCAGGAAUUAGCAGAGAAUAUUUUUAAGGAUUUGAUCAAUCUGGAAAACUUAUAUUUGACUCACAAUUCUCUGAAAAUCAUAAGCAAUGGUGCAUUUAAUGGUUUGGCAAAAUUGAAUAUGUUGAUGUUAUCGAACAACUCACUUGAAUCAUUGAAUAUCAAUGAAGUUAAUAAAUUGGUGAAUUUGGAGUUUUUUUAUAUCGACUUCAAUCAAUUAGAGACGCUGAGUGGUGAACUAAUAUUGCCGAACCUAAAAUUUAUACAAAUAACGAAUAAUAAAUUGGAACAUAUAUCAGAGGGACUUAUUAAGAAAUGCCCUAAUUUAAUGUCGGUAGACUUGUCAAAUAAUAAGUUAAGCGCAAUAUCUGUUACUCCAUUUAUAAAUUUACCGAAAUUGAAGUUAGUAAAUUUGCGCAAUAAUAAUGUUAUUAUGGCAAAAUUUAAUGACUUGAAGAACAAUGCUAUGGUAAUCUUAUAAAUAAUCUUAAUUUAUUUUGUAUUGUAUAUGUAUGUUUUUUUUGUUAAAUAAGUGAUAUAGAAACCU